GAUGGUUCCCAAAGAAUUUCAAGGUUUCAAAAAUCUGAGAUCGAUACACACCUUAUACAAGAGCUAAUACUGAUAAAUUGUAAGGUGAUGGAAGAAAUCAUAAACUGGAAGGAACUAGCGGCAGGGUCAUUUGCAUUUGGAAACUUACAAAAGCUG